AUGAUCAUGAACUUUCAAUGCAUCAACACAUUGCUAUGCUUGUUGACUUUUAUUUCAAUGCCUUCGGUUCGGAAUUGUUCCGAGUAUUUCUCUAGGUUGCUCCACUGACACUUGUCUGUUAUCACCUGCAGCUUCUUCGGAUCUCCAAUGUUAUAGAUUACAUUGCUAAGCAAACUCGGACUGAUGACUCCUUGCCCAAUGCUGUAGUUACAGAUCUUGACAGUGUUCUUGGCACUCAGCAAGCACAUCUCAAGUGUUUCUUUAAUAUACUGCGUGUUGUUAAGAUCAAGACCGCUGAACACGAUAUCAGGCUCGAUCUCUGACUCAUCAUAAGAAAUAUAGUUCUUUGGAGGUUCUUGGACUAAUAUUAAAUCUCCAUGGAUAACCUUAGAUAUCAGCUCACUCAGACCCUCAUCCCCUUAAACAACCUCUAAAACCCCAAAAAUCCUCCUCCAGCACAACUCCUCAGUCAAAAUUUGUUCCUUAAAAAGCCCAUCCUUCAACCCCCAGCUGAGAGCUUGAAUCGUACAAGGAAGAACAGCAGCAGUAGAAAUCUGAAGAAGGAAUACAGUGGGUGGGGAUAGGGCCAGGCUGGGAAUUAGACUGGCUGGGAUGAGGGGGAUUAGGGCUG